AUGCCACAUGUUAUUCUCAAUUCACCAUCAUUAGUUUCACCCUCAAAAGAAACAACAAGCCCUUUAGUCUUUGAUGCAUCCAUCCUUCAAAAAGAAACUAAAAUACCCUCACAGUUUGUGUGGCCGGACCAUGAAAAGCCAUGCCUUGAACCACCAUCACCACCACUUGAUGUUCCUUCUAUUGACCUAAAAGCCUUCUUUUCUGGAGAGCCACUAGCAGUCUCUAAUGCAAUUGCUCUUGUUAGCUCUGCAUGCAAAGACCAUGGCUUCUUCCAAGUUUGCAAUCAUGGCGUUGAUCAAAACUUGAUCAAUGAAUGCCACAAUAUGAUGAACACUUUCUUUGGAAUGCCACUUUUGGAGAAGCGAAAAGUUGAAAGGAAGUUUGGGGAAUACUGUGGAUAUGCAAGUAGUUUUACUAACCGAUUCUCCUCUAAGCUUCCGUGGAAAGAAACACUUUCUUUUCGUUAUUCUGCAGAUCCUAAUUGCUCGAGCAUAGUUCAAGAUUACUUCUUGAAUGUGAUGGGAAAAGAAUUUCAUGAUUUCGGGACGGUUUGUCAAGAAUAUUCUGAAGCAAUGAGCAAGCUUUCUCUUGAUAUCAUGGAACUACUAGGAAUGAGCCUUGGAAUUGAGCGAUCCCUUUUAAGGGAUUUCUACAAAGAAAAUGAUUCAAUCUUGCGAUUAAACUACUACCCACCUUGCCAAAAGCCCGACCUCACACUUGGAACCGGCCCUCAUUGUGAUCCAACAUCUUUAACCAUUCUACAUCAAGAUAACGUUGCCGGGCUUGAAGUUUUUGUCGAUGAAAAGUGGCACUCCGUUACUCCUUGCUCCGGAGCUUUUGUUGUCAACAUUGGAGACACAUUCAUGGCACUAUCAAAUGGACUAUACAAGAGUUGCUUACAUAGAGCGGUGGUGAAUACCGAAAAUCCAAGGAAAUCUAUCGCGUUCUUUCUCUCGCCUAGAAUGGACAAAGUCGUGAGGCCUCCAAAGGCGUUGGUUGAGGACAAUAAUAGGCGAAGGAUGUAUCCUGAUUUUAAGUGGUCCACUUUGCUUGAGUUUACUCAAAAGCAUUACAGAGCAGACAUGAAAACCCUAGAUGCAUUCUCAAAUUGGCUUCAAACGAUUCCAUAA